GAAACCUGUUGUUAAAUACUCCGUCAGUAUGCAAAAUGUUUGUGUGCUAGUUGUUCUCGUCUCCUUGCAGAGGCGGAACACCCAACAGACGCAGCUCUCUAAUGGAACAGAAGGAGUCCUCGCUGAUCAUCACGGUUGAUCUCUGUUGCUGCCGCUCCCUCACAAAGAUACGGAAAACCCUGUGCAAGUUGCAAGAGAGUGAGGACAUCAGGGCGAUCAUGUACGACGACAAGGCCGGGACGGUGGCGAUCUCCGGUGGUUUCGACCCACUCGUGCUCCCCUGCAAGCUUCGCCGCAAGGCCGGUAGCGUGAUCAAGGACAUCCACCUCAAGAAGGAGAGAGAGAAGAACAGGGUGCCGCCACCGCCGCCGCCACCACCACCUCAGCCGGCGCCCGCAGCCAGGGCGGCGUUCGGCACCAUAUGUGGCGCCGGGGUGGCGCCGGGGCGCGCCUGCCUCUGUCUCGGUCAGUGCCGCUGUCACUGCGGGGGAGGCUACGGCUGCCGCUGCUGCGGCGCGGCACCGCCGUGCUACUGCGUGCCGAUCGGAGGAGGAGGCUGCUCCGUCGUCCAGUUCACCUAUGAUGAACCAUCUCCUGCUUGCAGUAUCAUGUGAUGGAUGACGCCCGGGUGAUCUCGUAAUUCCAUCAUAAAUUUGGGAGAAGACAAUACUAAUUAAAGAAAUAAGAUAUACCUUUAGUAGAAGCUUUAAUUUACAUGUAAGUACAAUAUAAUGGCGAGUACAAAUUUCAUGUAAUUUGCAUUUCUGCACUACACUGUUAUAUGCCUUUCCCAUAAAAAAAAGAAGAAUAUCAUUGUAGAGUUGGACCAGUGAUAUCAUCCAUAUAUGAAUUUUCACUUGAAAGUACAAAUCAGAUUAUUGAUA